UGUGUUCAUCCAGCUCUACACCUUGUUAACUCUUUAACUGAUUGUGGUCUGGAGUUGAUCGUGAGCAGGAGGGACUGGGAGCCCUCUUCACUGAGGUACACCAUAACGCCUGCUGCAGCAGGGGGCAGCACAGAGUGGCCAUCACCCCGCGCUUGUGCCCGUGCCAAAGAUGGCGGCCGGUACCUGGGUAGCUUAUGGCUGCGCUGCCGAUUCCCUUCCCUUCAGACGGUCGCGGACGAACCGGACAACCGGAGCCUUAACCGAGCCCCGCUAGGGAUCUCUCAACGUCAGGGAAGCGGAGCCAUGGCUGACGUGAUCGAGAUCACCUCGGAAGAUGAGUCAGACUCGGACGUUGAGUUUAUCGGAGAGACGGCAGCACCAACGAGCCUUCACUACCAGCACUCCUGCUCGUCCUGGGCUCGCUAUCAGCGGAUCAAACGGAUCCUGUUCUCUCACCGGGACAAUAUUGAUUUGACAGGAGAUGACAAUGAAAUGCACUAUCAAGUGAAUAGUGCUGAAGAAGGCAUGGGAAGUAUGCAGGUCGGUUCAACUAACUGUUCCCAGGCAGAAACAAGCUCAUCUGUUCAUUUUUCCAAUAACCUGAGUAGUGACAAACUCGAUUCUGAUGAAGAUCUACCAAAGUUUAAUGGGGGAUGUUGGUUUCCUGGCUUACAAUCUGGUUGGACAAUAGGCAAAGAUGAACCUGACCUUGAAGCUCCACCUGUUUUGACAGUUGAAGUCACAACCGAGGCCAAUUUUCUUGCAAAUGUUUCCACUAAAUGUAUCAAAGAAGACCCAUUACCUGAACUGGACUUCAUCGAUCUUGAUGAAAAUCAAGAUUCUCAUGUCACUGCAGAAAAAGUGGACUUGCUCACUACAUCAAAUCAAAAAGCUCACGAUCCUGUCAGCAAUGCAGAGUCUACUAGUAACACCAGUAUAAAUAGUGAUUUGGAAUCUCUGGAAACAUUUUCACCAGAUACACUCAUUCCAUUUUCCUCACCAGAUAGUGCUGGGGAUCCUUUUGGAGAUCCUUAUAAAAGCACCUUUGAGGAAACAAUUAAUUAUAUAAAUAAAGCUGGCUUAAGUCCAGAUAUUGAAGAUAUACCAUCAUUAAUACCUCAGAACACUAAGAAGUUUGAACUGGAACAUGGUUGUGAUCAGUCUCCUCCCAGUGUAAACAUGCCAUUGCUAGAACCUUGGGGGCAGCUGCAGGGUCACAAUAAGAGAGGUGACAGUGAAUUAAACUGUUCUCUAGUUAAAAACAAAGCACAUGUUCCUGUACCGGUAUUAGAUCAGUCUGAAGAUCGGAAUUUGCCAUCAGAGGAAACUGAGGACCAUGUGCUUACAUCAAAGGAAGCAAGCCCUAAUUGUUCAGUGGAUAAAGAGACAUUGCAAAGUUUUCAAUACCUCAUUGGAGCACCAGUUCAACAUGUGUUUGUUAAGCGACCUAGAAAUGAAAAAUGGCACAAGGUAAACCAACACUCUCGUUCAUCAACAACUCACCAACAUAAGUCCAAGGAACCAGAGCUGAUCUCCCAAAGACAGUGCAGUAUGAUAAACAGUACCAUUGAUGAAAACUUUCCUCAAGGGACUCUUCAAUUUCUGAUGGAUUUUGUAUCUCCUCAACACUACCCACCUCAUAAAAUUGUGAAGUAUAUAAUCAAGAAGAUACUGUUGGGCAAUGAAUCCUCCAGCACCAUUAUGUCUGCUUACAUGACCCUGAUGAAAAUCCAACAGCUGCAUCCCGCAAAUAUUUCUACUGUGCAGUGGGACUGGAACCUGUUAGCUUAUCAUGUGGAGAGCAAGGAUCCUCACAGGAAGCAUUCUGUGACCAGGAAUGAUCGACUGUUGUUCCUGCAGUAUGUUGUUCAAACACUUGAAGAUGAUUUUCAGUUGAAACGUGAUGUGCCACAUAAAACCAUAGCCAAAGCAGUACUGUCUUGUGAUGACAAGUUUUCAAAUGUAAGAAGUGUCAUCAAGUGGCUUAUUGAUAUCAUCUCCAAGGACUCUGAAGAUGUACAGCAGAAAAAUGGACCCACGUCAUCGUCUGAUAAUCCUCAGGUAGUGGAUUCUAGGAUUUCAAGAGUUAUUUGUCUCCUUCAGAAGAUGCUGACCUUAGCUGUAGAAGUGGACCGGUCCCCAAUGUGCAGCUCAAAUAAAAUUGCAGAAGCAAUGCUUCAAGACUUUCUGUGUAUUUCAAAAAGAUCACAGAGAUUAAAAGUAUUAAGAAGUAUGGAGAGUCAACUCCUGCGCUGCAAGUUACUUGAAUUUUCCUUCCAACAUUGCACCAAGAAUCAAAAUGCAAUGCCUAUGUCAUUGGGAAAAGUGCUACAUUUCCUUAAAUAUGCUAAAUUUCCCUUAGAAAAUGAUGUAAGUACGUUUUUUUCCUCUGCCUAUAACGUGGCUUAA